AUGCAGAAACUCCAAAGCAGGGCUGGGAAUGUCCCCCUGCCUGAAACCCCAAGGGGAAAGCAGCUGCCGGUAAUGCAGAACAACCCUGAGUUCGAUGUCCCAACAGGUCUGACUCCGUAUAAGGCAGCUUCCUGUGUUCCUCUAUGUCUAGACACAAAUGUAGAAACAGCAACUGCAAUCCAGAGAGAAGCAGGAUAUAUCUCACCACGGAGGGGGAAGUGUGUGGCCUGCAUGUGGCUGCGGAGUCUGCCGUCCAGCUGCUCACUCAUGAUGGGCAACAUCAACGCCCUUCCUGCUUCCCCCUUCCUUAUUAUGGCUUCUAUCUUUAAACGUGACUGGGCAUCAGGGCCGGCCCACCCACGAGACAAGGUGAGGCGACCGCCUCAGGCGGCAGGGUCCGCAGGGUCCCGAGGUCGACCUCCGCUCCCCGCUUCUUCCCUGGCGGCGGGGCGGGAGAGGCGCCAUUUUUGUGGUCCGCCUCAGGCGGCAAAAAGUCUUGGGCCGGCUCUCUACGGAGGACUAUUCGACCCCGACAGCACUUCUUCAUAA